AUGCGCUGUCUAUGGUGUCUAGGACAAAUGAUGGCAUUAGCCCUUACGAUAGGAACAUGUCUCUGCGUUGCUCGUCCGCAUCCGCUACUGCUUUGGCCGCAGCUGAUCAUCCAGAACUCGUACUGCUUUGGCUUGGUGAUUCUGACUAUAGCCACAGCUGACAAGCUGCUCGUCUCAAUUCUGCACCCUACGAAUCCGCACCUCAGUCUGCUGAUUCUUUAUUUCGGCAUAGGUACCUGUACGAAUCACAUUUUCGACUAUAUUCUCUGGCAUUAUUACUGGCACGAGGAGUUCCAGUAUAUUAGCCGAACAGGCAAACAUGUGAUUCCUUUUUGGGUUUGA